AUGGACCGGAAGACCACAGGCACUCUGUUAGAGCUUGCUGCAAAGAGUCUGCUGAGUAAUGAGCUGGCAGCUAUCCAUGCCCUGGAUGAGCUCCCAAGAGCCCUCUUUGUUCCACUGUUCAUUCCUGCCUUCAUGGGCAGACAUAAGGAGAUACUGAAGGCAAUGGUGAGGGUUUGGCCCUUUCGCUGUCUCCAUAUCGGGACACUGAGUGUACAAGGGUUAGACUACGACAUCUUGGAAGCCAUGAUUGAUGGUCUGCAGCUCCUCUCUGCCCAGAACUCUUCUUCCUGGGGCCCAAAACUGAGGCUCUUAGAUUUAAGGCAGGACCCGAACUGUUCCAUAAUAUGCUCUGAGAUGGAAACCACAUUUUCUUCCUGCUCUCGGUCUUGUGCUUACUCUCAGAACUCUACUCUUAGAACAGAAGAAGCUCAGCAUAGCGUCAGGUGCCACGGAUUUAAUAAUUCAGAGUCAGAGCCUCACUCAGCCUCGGAAACUGUGGAAUUACUUGUGGACCUCUCCCUCGAUGGAACCUUGAGAACACAGCAAUUUCUUUCCUUUCUUCAGAGUAAAGUCAGGCAGAGCUCUGGGUCUUUGCACCUCUGCUGCAGAGAUUUGGUAAUUGAUAACAUCUCUGCCCACAGAAGUAUGCUGCAGUUUCUGGAUCCACGAUGCGUUGAUCACCUGCAGGUGAAUCAGGCUUAUUUGAGGAAAGUCAACCAUCUUGUGACUCAGACGGCCAACCUGUACAGCCUUCGUCUGCCUAACAUCAUCUUUACAUAUUUUGUGGGGAGGCACUUCCAAACAUUUCUCAACUGUCUUGGGAAGCUGGACAGCCUCCAAGAGCUCGACUUGUCUGCCUUGUGCCUCGGAGAUCGAUUGCAGAGACUUCUCAGUUCUUUUUCUCUCUGCAGAGUGCUGCCACCUCAGCUGAAGACAUUGAAUCUGCCUUUCUGUAGCCUGUCCAGCAUAGAUGUCACCAUCCUGUCCCAGAGCUCUCAGGCCACCCACCUAAGGCAGUUGAAUCUCAGUCACAAUCAGAUAUUCUCAGAGGCUCAUGAGCCCUUCCAGACUCUGCUGGAGAGGGCCUCGGGUACCCUGCAGCAUCUGGAAAUAAAUAAUUGUAUGUUAAGUGAUUCCACUCUCUCUGCUCUCCUGCCAGCUCUGAGCCACUGUUCGUGCCUCCGUGUCCUUAGCUUUGCCUUCAACCCCAUUACAAUGCCUGUGCUCACAAGCCUUCUGCAUCACCUAACAUCCUUGAUGGAGCUGAAGCAUGUGAUUUAUCCCAUCCCUGUCCAUUGCUAUAGACAGUGGGAUGUUCGUGAAAGUUUGGACCAACGGCAGUUGGCUGAAGUUCAGACCCAAUUGAAGGCAAUGCUGCAGGCGGUAGAGCGGGAUGACAUGCUUUGGACUACCCAUUCUGCGUGA